AUGAACUGCGAAUUUGCCGAUCCCGAACAUCUAGUGGUGAUGAUAACGGGCGGAUCGAAAGGAUUGGGGCUUGAGCUAGUAUCACAAUGGAUGAAAAGAGACAACUGCAAACAUAUAGUUGUAUUAGAUGUCUUUAAGUCGAAGGAUCUUGAGCAAUUAGAGUCGGAAAAUGGCACAAAGUUGCACUUUUAUUGCUGUGAUAUGGCUGAUAGUCAAAGCGUAGACAAGACCUACGACGAAAUAUUUGCCAAAUACAAGCGGAUAGACGUAUUAAUCUGCAAUUCUGGAGUUAGACAACGAGAGAGGUUUCUGAAUACCAAAGAGGGAGAAAUGAGAAGUAUAUUUGAAAUUAACUACUUUUCUCACGUGAAACUAGUCAGAAAAGCCAUCCAUACAUCAUGUGAAGCGGCCUAUCGACUACAUAUUGUUGUAGUUGCCUCAGUUCUUGGCUUCAUAGCGCCAAAGACACUUUGCUACUACUCCGGCACAAAAUCAUGCCUAAUUGAUUUGAUAGAUUCUAUAAGGCAUGAGCUUCGCAGGUCCAUCGCAUUGAGUGUAGUGGCUCCCGGACAGUUAUCCACGUCUAUGUUUCAAGAUGUUAAGAUAGACAAUCCGUUUCUUGCUCCUCUGGUCAACCACAAGAAACUUGCCAUGAGAAUUAUGUCCAUUAUAGAUGAAGGGUAUAACGGAUUAUUUAUGUAUCCGUUCUACUGUCGCCUAGUACCCGCACUUAGGUGUAUGCCGUUUGGGAUCUAUGAAGCACUAAGAAAGUAUAGUAAGAUGGACGAUAUUAUAUAA